AUGGAUUUGUCUGAUGUUAAUAAUGCUGCCUAUUUAGCUUCUUCUCUCUGUUGCAUUGCUGCGAUUACCGCUCUGGCUAGUCAGAAGACCAGUCGACUGGGAAAUGUCCUCGGUUUGACUGGCGUUUCAAGCGGUUUGGCUAUCACUCUUGGCAUGCUCCAACCCAAUCCUGAUCUUUUAACUCAGAUGCUUGGAUGUCUCCUCAUUGGUGGAUCUGUUGGUGGUAUUGCGGCGUCUAAAAUUGAAGUCACAAACUUACCUCAGAUGGUCGCUCUCUUCCAUAGUCUUGUCGGUAUUGCUGCCGUUCUUACCUGCAUUUCCAACUACAUCAUUGAAGCGCCCAUACUCUUUUCGAAUGCAGACCUCUGCGGAGCCGGAAAUUUAAUGAAAACUGUCGCUUACCUUGGCACCUGGAUUGGUGGAAUCUUGAAUUCAAAGCCUCUCAUUCUUCCAAUGAGGCAUGCGUUAAAUGCAAGUCUUGUUGGUAUCUCCACUGCUGGUCUUGCAGCCUUUCUUGCAACUGAAGGAAGUCUAGACAAUCCGAUGUUGCCCCUCUCACUGCUUAUUGGGGGAGCUGCUUUGGCUGGUUCGGUCUCUGGAGUUACCCUCACCACGGCUAUAGGAGGUUGGUUUAUUAGUACAAUUUCACUCAUCACUUCCUCUGUGCACCAUUAA